AUGGUUUUUACAGCCGGAGCCGCUCAGCUUGUCCAAAUCAAAGUGCUCGCCCGCAAUCCACUUUCCCUCAAGUGCGAAACAUCAAGCAAGGCGAAAGAUCAGUCCGUGACGUCUCCUGUCACUAUUAAAGCCGUGGGUGUUAUUCUUAACGUCGAUCAAUUCAAGACCUUGAAAUUCCUUCAGGAAUUCACAACACAUGCGACGGGCACAGCCGCUGGCUCUCAUGACAACCAUUGUAUAAGUGCUCCACUUCGGUGUACCUGCCCGCAUCCACCGGGCAGUCGAGCCACUGUUCAGUCAGCUCAGGCCAUUCCACAUCCUUCGUAUCUUUCCCACUCAUUCACCGGGCACCAUACUGCUUGCCAUCACCCAAAUCCUCCUGGACUAGCAAGAUCUUACAAUACCUGCCACUACUCCCAUUGCUACUUGCCACGUAAUUUCAAUCGAUUCAAUCACCCUGCAUUCGGAGGAGGGGCUCACAAAACUUCUGCCCUAUCCACACCAUCGCAGACGUCAGCCUCUUGCCCAUCGGUCUACUACCCCCCACAAUUUGCUCGUGCGCAGAUGAUUCAUUCAGAUCAGAACAACGGAAAUAUCGACGGAAGAAUCCGAAGAAUCUGCAGAAUACAGUCGUAUUCAACGUCUACGGUGCUAUCGGUCAUUAUUCGCAGACUGGAAAAUACCAUCAUGUCACCCGUUCUACUCUUUGGUCUUCAUGCGAAGGAAAAUACAAAGUUUGUUAUUCAGCUUUUUAUUUCUGCCACUCGUCGUCUAUCACUUAGAUUUCGGACGUCCGAUCCACUUCGCCAAGAGGCGGAUCUCGGUCUGAACUACGUCUUCGGCGUAUUUGAUACAGUAUGA